GAAGCUUUUGUUAAGCACCUACAAUGUGCCAGCCACGGUACUAAAGUGAUGGGUAUACAAAUACAGGUAAACAAGAUAGUCUCUACCAUCAAAGAAAUAGUUAAUGCUUUUGUCUCAUUGUAAGGUUUACAAAGUGAUACUCACCACAGUCCUGUAAGGUGAAUCCUAUGAUGAUCUCUGUUUUACAGAUGAGGAAACUGAGAUUUAGAGAGCUGAAGUGGCUUGCCUGUGGUCAAACUGCUAAUAAAUAUAGGAGGCAAGAUUUGAAUACAGGUUUCCUCAGACUCCACAGUGCAAAGCACUGUCUACUCAUAAAGCUGUGGCAGAGGACAGUUGGAGCUCAUGCCACAAGAGGUGCUAUUUGCCAAGGGUCAGAUGAGGGAGAGAGCAUGAGUGCUUUGGAGCCUCAGGAGAAGGAGAUGCCUUGGAGCUGAGGUGAUCAGACAGGGUGUCACAGAGGGGUUGAGGCUGGAGCUGGAGCUUUCAGUCAGGGCAGAUUUAGGCAGGUGGAGAGCAAGGAGGAUGGCACCCCCUCCUUGGAUACCCCUGAGGAGUAUCUCAGCAAAGGUGGCAAGAGGAGCCUGGUGUGUGAGGGACCCCUGGCUGCAGCUUGGGUUACCUGACCGAGAGCAGAGGGGGUGGGAAAGAGAAAGGAGGGCUCAGCAAGGCCCAGGAUGGUGGAGGCAGAGGUCCUUGGCUCAGGUCCUGGCUCUCCCGCUUAGAAUCUUGGGUAAAUACUUGCCUGAGUCUCAGUGUGACCAGAUGAACUUGUACUUGUAACUCUACGUCAUAUGAUGUCUACAGUGAUUAUGGAUAGCCUUAGAGACUUUGAGGCUUGAGGUCGUGGGCAGUAGGAAGCCACAGCAAUCUAACCCUUUAGAGCUAGGUGGGGAAACUGAGGCCCAGAAAGGGAAACUGACUUGCUCAAACUUUUACAAAUAGUAAGUAGGAGACCUAGGCCUGAACCAGGCCUUCUAGUUCCAGAUCCAGCGGUGUUUCAAUUCCAUUGUGCUGAUCAGGGCAGGAGCACAAUCAGCUUGGUUCUAGGGGCCUGAAUCUGGGCACCUGGAAGUGGGGAUAGAGAGAGAGCCUUAGGAGAUUCUUGUGCAGUAUAAACAUUGUUCAGGACACCCCUUGGGAAGCAUUCACCCAGGCCCUGGUUCAGCCUGAGUGAGUCCCUUGACAGUUUCAGGAAUGUCUUGGAUACGUUGAGUGCCCCACAGCUGCUGCCCUGAUGUUUAUGCACCCAGACUCUUGGAGAGCUUGGGCAUGGAGGAGGAUGGGGAUGCUGGGCUGAAUCAUUACAGGGCUACCUGGGACUGUGAAGAAAGGACAGGCUCAGAGACCCAGGGACUAGCCAUCAUAGAAGACAUAAAAAUCUCCAACCUCAGGCCCAACAGUGACAGGAGAGUUCAGCUGCAUCCUUGUAAUGCUUCCAGCUUGGGAACAGGCCUUUAUUAAGCACUUCCUAUAUUCACAAUCCAGUGUUAGGUCCUGAGGGAAACAAAAAAAUGAGACCUAAACAUUACCUCAAAAAGUAACAUUACUGGGGUAGCUAGGUGGCACAGUGGAUAGAGCACCGGCCCUGGAGUCAGGAGGACCUGAGUUCAAAUCUCUCAGACACUUGACACUAGCUGUGUGACCCUGGGCAAGUCACUUAACCCUAUUGCCUAACCAGAACAAAAAGCAUUGCCAGGCAGUCUGUGCUCAGGUUUCAUCGAGGAGACCUGAACUGUCAGCUCUGGAGAAACUUAAAAAAAAGACUCUGUACAAAGAGCACUGGGUUUGGAGUCAGAAUCCCUUAAAAUGAGGUAGGGGUGGAGGUGGAAGGGGAACUGAUGUAGACCAGAGGGGGGAUCAAGGUACAGUGACCAUAGCAGCAUAAAGGGAAACCACAUAGACACCCCAAGAAGAAUUAAUGCGAUGGCCAUUCUUGACCCUGGAAAACUGAUGGAGAAAUGUACCUUCCCUCCACUCGUCCCAGCAAGGUUUCCUUUGCAGGAGCUGAGCUCAGCGCAGCCAUGGCCCAGGAGACCAACCAGACGCAGGUGCCCCUGCUGUGCACCACAGGCUGUGGCUUCUAUGGAAACCCUCGAACCAACGGCAUGUGCUCGGUCUGCUACAAGGAUUUCCUCCAGCGGCAGCAGAGUAGUGGGAGAGCAAGUCCCCCAGUGGCCAGCAGCCCCAAUCCUGCUGCCCUGGAGACCUUCCCUGCAGCAUGUGCAGAGGAGGCGAACCCUACACCUGAUGAUGUCUUAGCCAGAUUGAGCUCUCAGACUCCUGUGACCCACCAGAUGACAGCUAUGAGCAUAUCAAAGGAAGACAUCCACAGCCAGACAGGCAGCUACGUCAAGGAAGACGAGGCGCUCUCCCCGACUCCCUCAUCAGGUUCUCUUCUUGAGACAUCUCAGAGCUCCUCUGAGGAAGAGAAGUCAUCUGAGAAACCCAAACUGAAAAAGAACCGCUGCUUUGCUUGUCGGAAAAAAGUGGGUCUGACAGGCUUUGAAUGCCGCUGUGGAAAUCUGUUUUGUGCCAUGCACCGAUACUCAGAAAAACACAGUUGUCCCUUUGACUACAAGGCUGAGGCCGCUGAGAAGAUCCGCAAGGAGAACCCCAUCAUUGUGGCUGAGAAGAUCCGGAAGUUGUGAAGCAUGGCAUCCCUGAGGGGCAUGGUCAUACGUGCCAUUUAAGAGGUCCUUGACUCCUCACCCUGAAGCCAGGCCUCUCCCUCCAGACGGGGAAUCUGGCCGAAUCCGCUCUGAAGCCAUCUCUGGGGUUUGGGUAUUCCCCAAGAUAAAGAACUCUGCAGCUCGAAAGCCCUUAGACUUGUUUGUGUCCUCUCCCUCCCUGACUCCAGGGAAGUUAGGGGGACCAGCUCCCCUCAUGUCUCAGCAGGAAGCCUUGGCCUCAUUUCUGUAUCUCCUCCCUUCCUUUGACAUUUCCCAGGAUGUCCCAGCACCCCCAGCAAAGCGGGGUCUUACUUUCCAAUGGUCAAGAGUGUCCCCUCUCAACUCUGAUCUUCCUACCGACUACAGGAGCUGUUUGUGACCCAGUCAUAAGAGGUGCAUUGGAGAGGGCCCCUUCCCUUCCCCUACCACUGUCGCCAACGUCCUUCUUCCUGGCACAUGCACUCACUUUGCUACUUAUGUUCUGCCUUACUGUGCAUUCCUGGCUCUCAGGUUUGCAUAUCCCACUCAGACCAGCACCCUGUCUCCCCUCGCAGGGAAAAAUCUCAGAGGAACCUUAGCUUUGUGUAAAGGUAUUGCUGAUAGUUAGCAAGCCUGGGUGAAGGAAAGAACCAGACUGGUGCUCUGAUUCAAUACCUGCUUCCACCUUGCUCUUGUAGGCACCCACUCCUUCAAGCCUGUGUGCCUAUGCCCCUGCCCAUGUCAAGCUGACUCACUUUGCUUUAUCCUCGGGAAGCAAAAUGUACUAAGCGUUGCCCCCUGAUCCAUCAGGUACACAGCCACCUGUCCUCAGGUCACAUGGCAUCUUGAGUGGAUCUUUAGUGGGUGGGAUGGAGUGUGGUUGUCUUUGGUGUUGCCUCUUUCUUCUUGGGAAAUCUUUGUGGGGAUACAGGCCUGACAAGCAAACCAGCUUGGUUCAGAGGUGAGGAGUGGUGCCCUGUAGUACUGUGAAGGAGAAGGGGCCCUGCAGCCAAUUAGGGAAAAGCCCUGCGAGGGCAAAGGAAAUGACUAGAUGACUCCUUUGGAGUCCAGGGCACCCAGCACCUUGAAAGAGCCGCCUGAACCUCUCCGAGAGAAAGCAGGACAGUAAGUGUCUGGCAGCCCAGUUGGAUUCUCUGCCCCUAGUCUCUGCCCCUCCCCCUCCCCAGGGAGUUGAGCCAGAUCUGCACUGGGGUCUUGGCUCAAGAUGGCCCUCCAGGCCCUUCCCAGAGGCCAGUGGGCAUUAUACAGGCUGCCAUCUUCUCAGGACUCCCACAGCUGCCGUGGCUGUUCUGGGCUCAGUGAGUGCUGCUGACUUCCUCUGUCUUCUCAAGCACAUGCUCCUGUUUGCCUGGAGCCCAUCAACAUGUCCUCCCAGUUUUCUGUUUUAACUUUUAUGGACAGAUUUGGCAGGAGCGCGGUCACAGCCCUGAAGGAUGAGACUCUGCCCCACCCCCCACGUCUGCUGACCCUCCACCUCUUGACCAUGCAGACCCUUUGGAGCCCCAGGGACUAAAUAGUAGGCUGUGUGGCUUCCAGCCUGCUGCCCCCUCCCUCCUGCUGACCCAGUUUAUCUUAUUUUUCUUUUCCCUGUCCCCCAGCAUCGUGUCCCACCUAUGUAAAUAUUAAUAUAUUCCAUUUGUCUCCA